CACAUGAUCUGUAAGCUUUCACAGAGGAGAGACAGGAAUGUGGAGAGGAGCGACAACAACGACGGCUGAGCGGAGCCACAUAAUGCGUUUGUUUUACGCUGUGUCCAUCUGGAUGACAUUCAUCCACUGCUCCAACGGAAUCCCGUGGACACAAGAAAAGCUCCAGCACCGGGCCGUCACGCUAACACAAGAUGAGAUUCGCACCGCCCUGUCUCACACUGACCUGGAGCAGAUGUGGCAGAGGGAUCUGAGGCCACUGCUGGUUACCAGGUACCCAGGCUCUGCAGGCAGCCAAGCUGUGCAGGAGCAUAUCAAAACAACUCUCGGCUCUCUCGGUGCAGGCUGGGAAGUGACAGAGGAUAGGUUUAUGUCACAAACACCCUACGGCCCCCUGUCCUUCACCAACCUGAUUGCCACCCUCAACCCAUCCGCCAAGCGCCGCCUGGUUCUGGCCUGUCACUAUGACUCCAAGUACUACCCGCCACAGUGGCACGGGAGGGAGUUCCAAGGUGCGACUGAUUCUGCUGUUCCCUGUGCCAUGAUGCUGGAGAUGGCACGAGCCCUGGAUGAGGAACUGAAAUCUCAGAAGAGCUCCAGCCCCAACCUGACCCUGCAGUUGAUCUUCUUUGAUGGAGAGGAGGCUCUUUUCCAGUGGACCCCCACAGACUCCCUGUACGGCUCCCGCCACCUGGCCCAGAAGAUGGAGAGCACCCCACACCCCGCUGGAGCGACAGGCACCAACCAACUAAAUGGCAUAGAUCUGUUUGUGUUGUUGGACCUGAUCGGAGCUCCUGGCCCUCACUUUGGCAACCAGUUCCCCAGCACAACACCCUGGCUCUCCAGACUGCAGAACAUUGAAAAGCGACUCCACUCCAUGAACCAGCUGGUGGAUCAUCCUAACAUCGUGCAGUAUUUCUGGCCCGAUCGACCUGUUGGCCACAUACAAGAUGAUCAUAUACCAUUCCUAAACAGAGGUGUACGUAUCCUCCACCUCAUCCCCUCCCCCUUCCCAUCCGUGUGGCACACGUUUGACGACAAUGAACUGAACCUGGAUCGCUCCACCAUCCAGAACCUAAACAAGAUCUUGCAAGUCUUUGUUCUGGAGUACCUCAACGCCAGACCAGCUAUCCCUUCAGUGUCCUCAAACCCUUCAAACCCACAGAAUGCACCAUAAAAUUCCCAGUAUACUCUUCCGUAACUCUGUUUCUUUGGAUGUAGUAAAGGUCCUCAGCUCUUAUUUUACAAACUGGCAUUUACUGCUAGGUACAUACCAACACAUCUGUUCACAAUACGGAUGCCCACUGCAGAGAACAUUUAACGUGGAGAAUAUGUUCAUAUAAAAAAGUUCAGAUUUUAUUUUGAAAUCUAAGUCUUAAUAGGUAAAAGUUUAUAUUUUGUCCUAUGUGAGUAUGUAUAAGAAGUAUUUUCAAGAGACUCUAUGUCUUCAUCUUCCCUUCAAGCCCUCAGUCACCAGCAGUGAGAUCAGCACACAGGAUCCUCUGUGUGUUUUUACUACACUGUGCUCUUUAUUUCAGCCUAAACCCCUCAUUUACCCUGUGAAGAGACAUCUUAGUGUCAAUGCUAAUGUCUAGGAUCUGCUCUACUUGUAUCAGAGAAGAGGAAGAAUGUUAGAAAAAAUGAUAAAUUGUGUUGAUAAAAUGCUGUGAUGUCCAAAGUUGGUGAUAUGUUCUAUAUGAACAACUCUGGGCUAAUAACAUUCAUAAUCUGUUAUGAUGCAUAUAUACAAUAGGCCAUUCACAUGAAUUCUACAAAAACAUAAGGGGAAGAGUAUAUAGCAACACACGAGACAGUGUCACAAGGUGGUUUUAGCUACAGGGGAUGUGACAUUUCCUCGCCUGCAGUAAAUCUGUUCAGUGUUUAGAGAGCAAACCUGUCGGUGGCAGGAAAUGGGUUUAUUUUUAUUAUCACAACAUCUUCAGCCCUUCAUAUCCUGUCAUCUCUGAUAGUGAAGUGGAUAACUUCCUGUGCUGAUGUUUCACAUGCCUGCCUUUGUUUAUAUGACAUUAUUAGCCUGACCUUAAUGUAGAUCCCAGAAUAAUAUACAGUGCCAAAUUUGGACUUCCUGUAUUUUGAGGCCGAAAUAAAUGUUACACAUACAAAGCA